UUAACGACAUUUUAACGACAUAAAAAAUUUACGACACGCGAUUAAGGACAUUUAUUAGGAUGUUAUAAAUGCGACUCAAAUCAUGGUUAACGACAUAAAAGGGACGUUUUUGACCGUCAUUAACGAUGUGUUUUCUUGUAGUGAUAGUUUUUGGGGUAGAUUUUUUAUUUUGGUGUAAGUUUUUGAAGUAGAUGUGACAGACUUGAUCCAGUAUCAGUUCUUGGGGGUAGAUAACAAUUUAAAAGAGCAAUGUGAUGCCAUCUUUUAUACAAUAAAACAGUACUUCAAAAUAUACAUUUCUAGUACUGUCCAGAUGUUUUACAUGUACCUAGUAGUUUUUCAAAAUAUUUUGUCAACUAUGGAAAAUAACAUCACAUGGUAGAUGGCACGCAGCACAUAACAUUCUAUAGUGCAAAAUCAUUUAGUUUGCAUACAUAAUUUUCAUCAUAUAAAAGCAUUCCCUUAGUGGGAAUCUCCCUCGGUCCUCUCGCGCCUUGGAUUCUAUGGGCUUUAUGGCUGGCUAGGAACGAUCGUAUUUUCAACAACAAGGGCACCACCCCGGAGGAAGUGAUCACAAAGGCAACCGCUGCAGCUCAAGAGUGGCUCCGAGAGCAGGGAAAUGAGCCAAUAAUAAGGAAUAACCCCCCACCACAGCGGCCUCUAGAUACAGCACACUACGCUUGCCUUCAGUCGGAUGCGGCAUGGCGUUCGGACUUACAUCUAGCAGGUCUGGGUUGGAUGGUGACUGAGGGACACCAGGCUAGCUCGCUCAUGUCUCACUGCUUCUACGUCAGCUCUCCCCUAAUCGCGGAGGGACUGGCACUUCGAGAAGCUCUGUUCUACUGCAUCGCCAAGGGACUCCGGGCCGUGAAGUGCGAGUCUGACUCUCUACAGCUCAUCCGAGCCUUGAAUGAGGAAACCCCCAUCUCAGAGAUCUAUGGCAUCAUUGCCGACAUCUUAAACCUUGUUGUCGCUUUUGAUUAUGUGUCUUUUGUUUGGAUCCCACGUUCUGAAAACAAGGCUGCUGAUGCCUUGGCAAAGCAGGCCUUGUCGAACGCAUCCUUUGUAGCUUCAUCCAUGAACCCGCGAGUUUAAAUUCUAAUGAAAGUAGUGUUACAAAAAAAAAAAAAAAGCAUUCCCUUAGUUAAUAUAUCGUCUCCCAGAGCUGAGUAUAACCAAAGAAAAGGUAUUACGAAUUACACUAAUUAACGCGCGUGCAACUGUUAGUCACUAAAUACCUUUUUUUUUUUGUAACUGAUAGUCACUAAAUACUUUAGGCGUAGUUGUUAAUAGCUAUUGACAAAUGAACAUGAUUUCUUUGCAAGUUGUGUAAAUUUGUAAUACUGAUCUUAGUAAAAUAUAUUUUUUUCAAAUAUCGUGUCAUUAAAUUUUUCACCAUCCUUCAACUAAAAUGUCCCAGUGAUCAUUCAACCUUAUUAUUAAAAUGACGUUCUGACCAUUAACCAACAAACUGUGUGAAUAAUUGGAUUCUACCAUAUAAGGAACUCCGUUGGACUGUUACAUAUAUAAUCUAUGUUCUAGCCUCUUGGACAGUACGGGCAAGUGGCGGGAUUAGAUGCGAUUUAGCAUAUAACGUACAUAUGCAUAUAUCGGUACGUGAACCACGUACAUUGAAAAUGAUGAUAUAACCUUCAACCUUGUAUCGGGGAUAUAAGAAUAACGACCCCUGAGAUCAACAUUGGGCCAUUAUUAAUACCUCUAAGAACAAAAAGCAAAUUUGUGACUUUCAAUUUUUGAUCUGGAUUUUAUUUUUUGGAAUAUACCACGUGAUUGCUUCACUGUUCUUCUUGGCCACAAGCUUGAUUUUCCAAGAAUUUUGUUCGCCAAAUUGGGAAUAAAGCUCAAUUUUGUUUGAUUCGUGACAUCGUAAGAUUCGAUUUCUUGAAUGACGAUAAGGCUAAAACUAAAACUUAUACUCCGACGCACCUUUUUCUCUCACCUGGCCACGCAAAAACAAAAUAUUGUUUGUAAGAAUCUUAUUUUACUACAAUAAAACAACUGAUAUUUGUAAUAAUAAUAAAAACAUAAAUCAAAAUUACAAUACCAACAAAAUGAUAAAGAAAAAUUGCAUAGAAGAAAUGAUAAAAAAUUGCGGAAUCGAUAUAAUAAAUCUUUUUUUUUUAAUUUUUAAACUCUCUAUAGUAUAACGGUUUUAUAACAUUCAGAUUCCCAGAAUACAACUGCAUACAUUUAUAACUUUCAUCACCGAAGAACAAAAUUUGUCAAACCUAUUUUUGGGUUGCACGUUCGGAGUCAAAAACAAAUAAUUAUUCAACAUGGGAGAGCUUUUCUUCAUUUGGUCAAAUGAGAAAGGCGUGCCUUUUAUGGCCUUUGAUGAAAACGCCAAAUCUUUCACCAUUAGUCCCAUCAUUAUUAUUAGCUAGGUUGCAUGGAAACGAAAACGAAUACGCGGAAACGAAACGUGUCGAAACGUGGAAACAUGAUUUUUGAUUUUUUUUGCUUUGGAAACGUUUUAGAAACGUCUAUAAAUAUAUAAACAUAUAUAUAUAUAUAUAUAUAUAUAUAUAUAUAUAUGUAACUGAUUAAUAUUUGCAUUCAUUUUUAUUAUGUUUAGUAUAUCUUAGAAUACAAAUAAACAAAUAGUCAUUCUGUUUAAUCAUACGAAAAUAAAAUAAGUUGUCAUUAAACAUCAGAACCAUAUAAAAUUUUCAAAAUAACAAAAAUCCAAUACUUAAAUAUUAAAUAGUUUAACUAAAAUAAAAAUCAUAACAACAAUUAAUAACCAAUUGGAAAGUUCUGGCGUUUCUAGAAUAGAAACGCGAGUAUCCAAAAUAAAAACGCAAGUUUCCACUAAGUUUUCAAACUGAGAUUUUUAAGAAACGAGUUUCCAAUGCGUUUCUGCAAGUUUCCGAGAGAUUCUGAUUUUGAAACGUUUCCGAAACCUUCAACCGAGUUUACAUGCAACAUAGAUUAUUAGGAUGAAUAUGUGAUUGACGAGAGUUAGUGACUUGAAAUUUAUAAUUUUUGUUAAAUCCCUCUAGAAUAUCACCUAAAACUAUGAGAUUUGAUAUCUAUUUUUUUUUUAAACUAAGAGACUCCACCAAAAUAUUCUAAAAUCAAAUUAAACUUAAAAUUCUACAACUUAAAAUUAUUUUCAAUAAUAGUGAAUUUCAGUGUGCUUUAUAAAAUAUCAAGGUUAAUAAAAAUGGAUUUUAUAUAAGUUUUUAAAAUUUAUGUUUGAAUAACAUUGAAUUUGUCAUUUUAAUACAAAUCAACUAAAACUCUUAAAGUUAAAUACAACCCUCCUAAUGUGUCAUAUUUGCUAGAUUUAACAUUUAACCAAAUUUAAAGUUUUACAAGCUUUGUAACUCACACAUUUUCGGUCUCUAUUUUUCAUUCAAACAACAACGAUUUUUAACAUACAAAUACAUUACUAUAUAGUAUCAAACAUUCGACGAACAUAUUCAUCCGGAAACUUACCGAAAAAUGGUCUAAAACCAUUUUGUAAAAAACGAAUUCUAACUUUUUGGUGUAAAUAAUAUCACACGAUCUCUGGUUUUUGUAAAUAUUUUAUUUAGACAUGUACACUUUAUAUAUAUGUGUGUGUGUUGUUGUAUACGUUUAUAUGACAGCAUUAAUUAAAAAUGUACACGGGCUUUAUAUCAUUAAGCGCUUCAUUUCCGCAGACAUUAAAUUAAUUUUCAUUUAUGAAGUAAAUAUAAAUGUGAAUAAAGUUAUCUUGAUAUUUUUUCCUUUUUUUACGUGAAGAUAUCAUAACCUUUUCCUUGUAAUUUCAUACAGAGAUAUUUUGGACUUGGAUAAUAGAGUUCAAUGUAUAAGCGGCGAAGCUCCUAUCCUUAUGAAUAUAAUUAGAACGACUCUCCGGAUCACAGUUCGGCCACCUUUGGUACAUCAACAAACAGAGAAAACAUAUAUAUAUAUAUAUAUAUAAAGAAUUUGUUUUUUUGCUCCGUUGAUGAGUCUUAUCCUGGAGAAGUGAUUUCGAAUCUCUGCGAUGUCAAGAAUCAUAAAUUGUUUUGCUUUAUUCCCAAACUGAUUUAUGAUGAAAUUUCAUGGAAAAGAAAGAACCAUUUGAAUGUCAGUGAAGAAGCCACGUAAAUCACCAAACACAAAAAAAGAACAAGAAUAAGAUUAUUCUGGAGAUAUACCAUACGAUCUCGAGUCAUCGCAAAGGACGCUUAUGCAGCUUUUGUCAUAUUUUUCACCGGUAAAUUUUAUCAUAUAACUUGUAUAAAUUAUUGACUUCAUCUCGGGUGUCCAAUCCCAUUGUCAAUAUGUUUCUUUUGAAAUUAAAAAAAAAUUGUGAAUAUCUUAGCAAAAAAAAAAAAUUGUGAAUAAUGUAACAUCAAAACUAGUAUAAAUUUAAUAGGUGCAAUUUCACUUGUUAGGGUAAUCCUCAUAUAUGUAGGUUCUUCAUUUAAGAAAACAAAACGUACAUAUUCAUGUAAUAUAAGGAAAUGAAAUGGAUUUCUUUUACAUGAAAAAUAAAAAUGUAAUUAUGGGAUAAAUGUGUCAUUUGACACUGAAAAUAAGGCAUCAAAGACGUGACAUUGUUCGUCCGUAUCAAAUAUUCCUCAGUCACAUCUGAUCUAAGAGUUAUUAUUAUAUGUACGUUUUACCCAAUUAGUUGAUAGUUGCACUUUUUAUUCUUUAGCUGCAAGAGGCAAAAAGGCAAGAUAAUGAAACUCUAUAAUACUUUCGAACAUCGUCCACUGUCUCAAUUUUUAAUACUUUUAUCUUUCAGUAUCUUUCUGGCUACUUUACUUGUGCUAUAGUUGUUUCUCCUCGGAAAAGGCGUAAUCAGUUUAAACUCGUAUUAUGAAAGCUAUAUAUAGAGGACCCUUAUAGACCAUUCACUACAUCAAACACAAACUCAAAGUCACCUCUCGUCUUCACCCAACUAUAUCACAUUCUAUCUAUAACUUCUCUGGCUAUUCAAUUUUCGUCCGUAAGCUCCUAUUUCAAUCAAAACAGCACUAUUUUCUACCUCCCGAGUUUCUUCUCGAACAACAUUCACAUUACAACACCAAUGGAUAAGCUACAAAAGAUGAUCUCCGAGAAGUCAGUAGUGAUCUUUAGCAAGAACUCGUGCUGCAUGUCUCACACAAUCAAGACUCUCUUCAUAGACUUUGGCGUGAACCCAACGAUCUAUGAGCUGGACGAGAUCAACAGAGGAAAGGAAAUAGAGCAAGCAUUAGCUCACCUUGGCUGCAGCCCGACUGUUCCGGUGGUGUUCAUUGGAGGGCAGCUCGUUGGUGGAGCCAAUCAAGUUAUGAGCCUUCACCUUAAUCGCUCUCUUGUUCCAAUGCUUAAGCGCGCUGGUGCAUUAUGGCUUUAAUAAUGUAAUGAUGAAACUAAGUUUAGUGGACAAAACGAAAACUCAUACGUACAUAAAUGUGUGCUUGAGUUAAUUAUUCGUCUAUCUAUGUUUUGAAAACAUAGAUUAUGCGAGUACCAAUUUUGUAAACAGUGGGCAUAUUUUAUAAUAAAAUCAAUAACCAUGGAUAUUAACUUUUCCAUGUUUGUAUUUUUAUA